AACCCAAACUCAGUUUCAAAAAAAAAAAAUCCAGACACCCAAGAAGAUGAAGAAGAAGAUACAGAUAGUGCUUGUCCAUGGCGGUUGCCACGGCGCCUGGUGUUGGUACAAGGUGAAGCCUUCGCUGGAGGCGGCCGGCCACCGUGUAGCCGCCGUGGAUCUAACUGCAUCUGGCGUCAACAUGAACAGAGUCGAAGAGAUUCGGACAUUGCAGGAUUUUGCCCGACCGUUGCUGCAGCUACUGGAGUCGCUUGGUCCGGACGAAAGGGUCGUUCUUGUUGCUCACAGCAUGGCAGGACCGAGUGUCGCUCUCGCCUCCGACAUCUUCCCUCUCAAGAUCUCCGUUUCUGUCUUCUUGACUUCUUUCAUGCCCGACAUUACACACCCACCUUCUUACGUCGUGGAGAAGAUACUGAACCCUGUUACUCAAGAAGAGUGGUUGGACAAUAAGUUCAUGACGUAUGGAACAUCCGAUCAUCCUCUAACUUCUCUUCUUCUCGGGCCCGUAUACUUGGCCAAGAACAUGUAUCAACUCUCCCCGGUUGAAGAUCUUGAACUGGCGAAAACGUUGGUGAGGACAGCACCGUAUGUUUCGAGCAAUCUGACGGGGAAGAGGAGCUUGACCAAGGAAGGGUACGGCUCGGUGGCUCGAGUUUACAUCAUAUGCGGAGAGGAUAAGGCGAUACCGGAGGAGGGUCAGCGUUGGAUGAUCGAAAACUUCCCUGUAGAUGAAGUCAUGGAGAUCAGAGAUGCAGACCAUAUGCCCAUGUUUUCCACUCCUCGCCAAGUUUGUGAACUUCUCUCGAAGAUUGCAGACAAAUAUGCAUAAGCCUCUCUCUCUCUCGUAAUCACUGUCACAAACUCGAACAUGUUCUCUGCAGCAAACCAGAUCGGUUCUCAGACGAUUGUGUUGUUUAGAGUUGAAUCUGGUUUGACCCAUUUGAAUAAAUCGUGAGAAUAUUCACUUGUCGUUGGUU